UAAUUGAUAGUGAUCGAUUGCAUUUUGUAAAAUCAUUGAUGGAAUUAUCAAAUUUGGUUUACGAACAAUGAUUAUUUCAAUUGAAAGUUCAUUUCCAUUUUUAUCAAAAAAUUAUUAAUGAUAUUGAAGUUGAGAUAUUUUUAUUUGAUUGAGAUUUUGAAUUAUGAUGUGAAGCUAAUGGUUUCAUUAUUGACUUUGAAUUAUUCAAAUAAGAAAAGACAAAAACAUCAAAUAAAUGUGAAUUGAAAUUAUUUCGAUUUGAUUUAAAAUUUUAUGAAAUAUUUAGUAGUGCAUUUUCAAUUGGUGUUAUUUAUUUAUUUGAAAGUGAUUCAAUUGAUCGUAUUUCUAGUGAUACAAAUACUUCAGAUGUAUUCAUAAUUAAAACUUGGCAAAUGUUUAAAUGA